AUGGUAGUAAGGCCACCAUUCCCCUACUCAUACCCUACUUUGGGUAUGAGGAAGUUUGCCAAGGAUUCAUAUAUGUUUGGUCCUCAGAAGAUGAAUAUCAAUCAUCCUUUAUCAAGGGCCACCACUGUAGCUGAAUUGGCUGUUCAACAAGCUGAAAAGAAGCAAUUCCAAAGACAACAAAGAAGAAACUUAUCUACUUACUAUUAUCAAUUCCCAAAAAUCCCUCGUCCUAAGAGAAAUGUGUUAUAUUAUUCUACAUGGUCUGCGGGUCCAAGAUUCCCUAAUAGAAAGAAUAUUAAAUUCCCAAGUUUACCAAUAUCAAGAAGACUGCUUUCAAAUGCAAAUCAACAAAUAAGAGCCAAGACUGAAAGAUUCCAUAAACGAUUCUUUUCAGUGGAAGCAAGAAAAAGAAGACAGCAACAACGAAGAUUUAUAAGAUGGUGGACCAUCACUUCCUUAACUAUUGUGUUAGGUGGAGUUGCUGCUAGAGUUACUUAUGAAAAGUAUGAAGAAGAAGAUAUUCAAUAUGUCAAUCAAUAUCGUAUUAAACCACAAUCAUGGCAACUUUAUGCUUAUUCAACUUUACCGUUGAAAGCUAUUUCAAGAUUAUGGGGUCAAGUUAAUUCUAUCAACUUACCAAUCUGGUUAAGAAGUCCAUCAUAUCGUCUUUAUUCCACCCUUUUUGGUGUAAACUUGGAAGAAAUGGAAGAACCAGAUCUUACUACUUAUAAUAAUCUUUCUGAAUUCUUCUAUAGAAACUUAAAACCGGGUGUGAGACCAAUUGCUGAUUCAGAUUUGGUUUGUCCAUCAGAUGGGAAAGUGUUGAAAUUCGGUGUUAUUGAUAAUGGUGAAAUUGAACAAGUGAAGGGAAUGACUUAUUCUGUUGAUGCUUUAUUGGGUAUUUCAACUCCAAGUUUAGCUGCUCCAACUCAUUCAUUGGAUUUCGAACACGAAUACGAUGAUGUUACUAUAAUGAAAAGAGAUGAAGAAUUUGCUAAAUUAAAUGGUAUAUCAUAUACUGUGGAUGAUUUAGUUGGUGGUGAUAGUCAAGGUACUUAUCAUAUGAAUCAAUUAAGUUAUAAAGAUGAUAAUGAUGGAACUGCAGAAGGUUCAAAAGCUUCAUUUUCAAAAGAAUUGACUGUUGCUGAAAGUUUAGCAUCUAGUCUGCUUGAUACAUUACAUUCCAAGCAACUUUUUUUUGCUGUUAUAUACUUAGCUCCAGGAGAUUAUCAUCAUUUCCAUUCUCCAGUAAAUUGGGUAACUACUUUAAGACGUCAUUUCAUUGGUGAAUUAUUUUCCGUGGCUCCAUUCUUUCAAAAGACUUUACAAGGAUUAUUUGUCUUAAAUGAAAGAGUUGCUUUAUUAGGUUAUUGGAAACAUGGAUUCUUCUCGAUGAUUCCAGUCGGUGCAACCAAUGUUGGUAGUAUCGUAGUUAAUUUCGAUAAGAACUUGAAGACAAAUGAUAUUUACGAGCAUGAAGUUUAUCUGACUUCAAGUUUAAAUGAAAAUACUCCAUUAUUAGCUGAAGAUCACUUAUCCAAUCAAGUGGCUGCUCUCAGUAUUGGUGCUGAAGAUGCUGAAAAGAAAAAGAAAAGAUUAAAGAAAAAUACUGUCUAUGAAGCCACAUAUACCAAGGCCAGUCGUUUACUUGGUGGAUAUCCAUUGACUAAAGGUCAAGAAAUGGGAGGGUUCAAAUUAGGUUCAACGGUUGUAUUGAUUUUCGAAGCUCCUGAUAACUUUAAAUUUGAUUUAGAACUUGGUCAAAAGGUCAAUAUGGGUCAACAAUUAGGUCAUUUUGAAUAA